AUGGUAGCCGGUUGCGGUAACAAAUGCGUCAAAUACAUCUUCUGGUUGAUCAAUUUCUUGUUCUUCGCAUUGGGAGCUGCGAUCGUUGGACUUUCAGUAUGGCUUCGAUUUGACAGAUCAUUUCUCAGUAAGGCUGUAAGUACAGUCAAAAUCGACACUAGCAACCUACCAUUGGAAAGCUUCUAUUGGAUACUCUACAUAGCAAUGGGUUUUGGCCUUGUUCUCCUAAUUCUGGGAUUCCUCGGUUGUUGUGGUAGUGCUUGCGAGGUUAUAUGUGCUAUUGGACUGGCCCGUGUAGAAGGCGAAGAAGCCAAAAGGCAACUUGAGUAA